AUUGAAUUUAUACUCUUUUUCUUAGAUUACAUUAUGGGUGCACAAACGUCAAAAGUUGCCAGAAAAUUACCAACUAAAGCGCGUCCGGAAACAUUCCAAAACAUUCCAAAAGAGUCUCCUUCUACAUUAGGUUCUACAAUUAACGCUGCUUCAGAAAUUAAAGACGAGUUUAUUGAACAAGACAGCCGCGAUCCACAGCUACUUGAGAAUUUGAGAAACUUGGGUCCUGUCAAAGUCCCACCUACGGUGACAAAAAUGAGAGCUUCAGAUACAAUGUUAGGUAUCAUGAGACAAAGACAAGAAGCAGAAGAAAGAGAAGUCCAAGGCUUACGAGCCACAGAAGAAGCCAUUUCAAUUGAUUCAUUAUUUGCGCUUUUGGAACAACGCAAAAGAUUAGCACCAGGUGAUAUCGACAAGCCUGAGAUAAGACAGACCAUCAUGGAAAAAUACAAAGUGGAUGCCAACACUCUAACAACUAUACUCAAGUAUUACAACACAAUGGCUAUUAUGCCGCCUGCUCUCGAUGAUAAAGAAGAGAGACGUAUGGGAAUAUGGGUCAAAGACAAAGUUGAGUGGGAAUCCAAUGUCAAAAAGAUGGAGGAGCGCAAUGCUGUUAUUAAGAAGGCAAAAGAAGAAGCUCUCAAGGACAAUAAGCGCGCAUCCAACGGUAACAAGCAAGAUUCCAAAGAGGAUCAAGCCUUGAAAGACUUGUUUGAUGAAAGCUAUUAAAUAUGUACAAAAUUUAAUAAAAACAAUCUUAAUUUCUGCAACAGUA